AUGUUGGUCGCCAUGACUGCGAUGCUCGUGUCCGUGGCAGAGUUCUCCAAUAUUCUGUCUGUUUUGGCCGUGCUCAUGUGCUUCUGCGCCAUGUUCCUGCUGAUCAUGAGGAAUAUGACUGUAUUUUGGCUGCACGGCGAAGAACUAAUGUUUGGUGGUAAUGCAGUACAUCCUGUUCAACAAAGGAUACCACAGAUGAAAAUGAUGAAAGUCCACAUACCGUUCACAUUUAAAUUACAUGAGACGUCUAAUUCUUCUUACUCAGAUCUUCGAUGCACGAUCUCAAGCCAAGUACCAUAUACAUUGCAAGCAUUUUGGGGCGUUUCUAUCCGGGAACUUCAUCAUUUCCUGUGGAAGGCAUGGAGCUCAUUUCAGACAGCCGUCAAGGAUGAUUCAUUACUCCGUGGACAUUAUCAACAUUGUGGAUUAACUUUGCACGAAACAAGCCAUACCGAAAAAACCAUUCAGAUGUUUAUGCCUGAGGGAAAAUUGGAUUUGGGAACUCCCCCUCGACAUUGCUACCCUUUGGUUAUAUUCCUUAUACGCGACACUCCCGAAAAUUCCACUUUACAUCCAGACGAGACGGUGGCAUUGGUGAAUGUAGUACAUAUCCGGGAUAACGUGUGCACGUUGCCUACAAACAUUUUGGCCCAGUACCUGAAACAAGCAAACGGACAAUUGUCAUCAUUAAAGCAACUCUAUUUGGCCACCGGCAACGCUCUCAGUUACCAAGACGAUGCCUGCAGCGACGACGCGUCACAGAGGGCUGUCGUUCUGGACAACAGCAGCGGCAGCUUGAACACCGGCCAGGAACAACUGUGCGUCGUGUGCCAAUACUACCCGCUGUCCAGAGCCCUGUUGCCGUGCCGCCACACAUGCAUAUGCGCAUCGUGCUUCGGCAAGCUGGAGACGUGCCCGAUGUGCCGCAGUCCGAUCAAGAGCUACUUCUGCGUGCGCAACGAAGAUUAUUUGGCCGACUGCGCGUUGGGCCUAGAGAAAACGGGAGCUUCGGCCAAACGACAAGCGUUUUCCCAGUGGAUUCAAAAUAGUAUUACGGAAUUUCUCGGCCUACAUUAG